AUGCCCCCGCCCCCUUUUUUCUGCUCAAACACUUUUUUUCUUCUCUUCUUUGUAAAGUUGAUGGCCAUGGUGACCGAGACCGUUAUGGAUAGCAUAGGAUCAACUUCUAUGGUGAAGUUGAGGCUUUUAAAGCAAAUUGGUAUCCUUGCUAAACUUGAAUAUCUCAAUCCUACUGGAAGUAAUAAGGACAGACUAGCCAAGUAUCUUUUAGAUGGUAACUCUUGGAAACCGAGCAAUUAUUAUCUUCAAAAACUCGAAAGGAAAACCCCCUUUCAAACUGCAAGUUCGGAAGACAAACCCAAUAACAGAACAUUGAUCAUACCUAUGUCUUGUAACCUCGGAAUCUCUUUGGCGACUUUGGCCGCCCAAAGAAAAAGGCGCAUCGCCAAAGGGGGUCCUUCGUAUCGCAUCAUUUCUAUCCUACCUGAACGUAUCUCCAAGGAUCGUAUUGCUUUGCUGAAAGCCUUGGGCGCAGAAAUUUUGAGAGUACCUAAUGAAGUACGUAGGGAAGCGCCUGAGAGUGCGUAUUCUGUGGCUCAGAAACUGGCUGAACAAUUAUCAGACGCUACUGUUAUCGAUGAAAGUCAAUUGACAGACUUAACGGUGUAUCAUGAAUUGGCCAAGGAGAUAAUAGAGCAGAUCAACGAAAAAAAGGAACGUGUAGAUCAUGUAUUUAUUGGCGUAGAGUCGGGCGCAACAAUAACAGGUGUAGCGCAAUGCUUGAAAAAAGAAAUGCCUCAUGUGAAAGUGUACGGUGUUGAGCCUUUGGAUUCUGUUUUGGGAGAGCAUGCACCCACAAGCGCUCAUGCCAGAGCGGAUUGGAAAGUGGAAGAUAUUGGUAAUAACUUUAUACCCAAAGUACUCGAUAAAUCACUUGUAGAUAAAUGGGUCAAAGUCAGUGAUCAAGAAGCCUAUUCUGUUAGUCGUCGCUUGAUUCGUGAUGAAGGUAUUUUAUGUGGUCCUUCUUCUGGAGCCGUUGUGGCUGCUGUAUUAAAGAGUAUGGCUACUGAUUCGACAGCCAAUCAUCCUGCUGCUGAGCUCCUAACCGAUCAACAACAACAACAAGAACAGCAACAACCAGGCGUACUUGUUAUCCUCAAUGACGCAGCAAAAAAUUACACAUCAACAUUAUUAUCGGACGAGUGGCUGUUAGAAAAUGAUCUGGCUGAUGAUCUCAUCAGUCAAGAGUUACAAUACGUCUCACAGGAUCGAUAUCGCGCUGCUAGUGUCGAGGAUCUUCAAUUGCCUGCAGCUGUCACUAUUGCUCCUUCUGCAACUGUGGCGCAUGCUUAUGAUUUGAUGUUGGAGCGUGAAUAUUCUCAGUUGCCCGUGAUCAAAACAGAGACUCGAAAAUUGGUGGGCUAUGUCUCUCUGAGCCAUUUAGAAAAUCAACUCGAACACGGACAUAUUCAAAUGACAGAUAAAGUGGAUGAUGUGAUGUAUCGAUUUGUCAACAAAAACAAUAAAAAGAACGGAAUGCCGAGUAAUACUAGUAGCAAUAAAUAUGAAGUGAUUACACCAGAUACGAGUUUAGCAGAUCUAGCUAAAUUCUUUGAAAAGAACUCUUUCGCAGUGAUUACAGAUACAAAUAGGAAAUGGUGUCUUGGAGUAGCUACAAAGUAUGAUCUAAUCAGUUUUUUACAUCGACGUCGACAAUUUUUUUAA